AGUACCACUUCUUUCAAAUUAUCGAGCAUCACUUAUAUCCGUCACAUCUUUUUGAUUCGCAAAUCUCGGCAGCGAGUUUUUCUAGUUUGAUACUUUGCAACUGUCACCACCACUUGUCGUCACCACUUGUCGUCACCACUUGUCGUCACCACACUUGAAAUGUUGCCGUCAGCUCUGAUCCACCGGGCAGCGGGAUAUCCUAAUCUAGCAGGAUAUCUCCCGGCCUCCUAUUAUCCCUUCCUUUAUUCACAGGAGGAGCAGCUGGCCCUAUCACUUUACACUCGGAGACUAGAACGGGAACAACCCACCAAACCCCCAUACUCCUACAUAGCUCUUAUUGCCAUGGCGAUACAAUCUUCUGCGGAGAAGAAACUCACCCUUGCAGGGAUAUACCAGUACAUCAUGGAUAGGUUCCCAUUUUACAGGCAGAAUAAACAGGGUUGGCAGAAUAGCAUCCGACACAACCUGUCCCUGAACGACUGUUUUGUGAAGGUACCACGUGAUAAGAACGAUCCUGGUAAAGGUAACUACUGGGCUCUGGACUCUGCCUGUGUGGACUUGUUCGAGAACGGGAACUUCAGGAGACGGAGGAGACGUGUUAAAGGACCUAAAUGUUCAAGUGGAGACGAGGUAGACGUUGUUGGAGACAACAACUCCACAGGGAGCCCUGAACCGGAUCAGGGCGGUACCUUCACCCCCACCUCCACCAAAUCCCCCUGUCCUAGAUCCCUCCUGAAACUCUCCGACCUGACUCCCAAACAGUCCGGUUACAGGCUCUCCUCUAACGGCUUCAGAUCAGGAGGGACCAGUGAACCUGUUUCAGUCCUCCUCAACUCCUCCUCCUAUCCCACCUCAGAACUACUACACACCAAAGCAGAGCAACGAAACAACGCAGCAAACAACAGGCACUUCCCAACUAGAACAAGUGUUCUGGACAACUCUUAUGUUCCGGGCCCGUAUACUGUGACCAUGGCGACCAGCUGCAGGUCCCCGGAAAUGGGGAGCAAGCCGUUAACUCCUCCAGUCACUCCCAUGUCAACCGGGUCUCCUGUUACCAUGGCAACCAGCUCGCCUGUAACACCCCUUACCGGGACUCAACGAGAUAAACUGUUCCAUACCCCGACUCCCAAAUCGUUCAGUAUUGCGGACCUGUUGGCCCCUGAAAGCCGGCCCAGGAUCUCGGGGGACUCCAAACCAACUCUCCAACUACAGACCUCUCCAAAGCAAGCCUCUCCCGGGGUAGCUGAGGAGGAGAUGAGAAGACCAACUCCAGAGAUCUCCACUAAUCGUUUGAUAAAAAGUCCGGUCCCAGUGCCGUGUCAAGACAACCCUGUCAGAACAGCAACUCCGACCGACCAGAUGAAAUUAGAACAUCUCCACCGGUCAGCGGGAGGAAAACACCAGAGACAAGCUUUGGACAUGCAGUACGAGCAGACCAACAGAAACAUCAACUAUCUGAGGUCCUUUCUUCUCGCUCAAAGGUUGAAUACUUUGUAGAUAAACUGUCCCCCAUCAAAGAAUUCCGUCCAGUCUUUUUAGAAUUAUUUUAGGUUGAUAGAUAAUAAUCAUAAUUGCUUAAUUGUUAAUUUAUUGUUUCCAUAAUGUGUAAAUUAUUUGAAAUUUCCAUACGUUAUCAAAAUUAUUUAUUUUAAAUUUAAGUUAUUUUCAUCCUGUCUGUAGUGGGCAGAAUCAAAUGCAUGGUAAGAACGUUUUGUAAAAAUUUCAUCUAAUUUGAAUUCUAAACGGUAAUUUUCGUUACCCUAGAAAUAUUACAUAUUCUGAUCGACUAAAGUUCAGUUUUUCAAUCAGAUUUUGUCUCUUAUAAAGCUUCAUUAAUUUUCAUUAUGAUUUAAACAUUUUUUAGUGAGAAGGCCUUAUAAUCUAUUCUAGAACUUAAACAACAAUAGAAAUAAAGUCUCUAGAACUUUCUUGAAAAAUCCCAACCUUUAGUAUUACAACUAUACUGAUAAGUAUAUAUAUUGAUGUUUUCUGAUAUCAUUGUUUACCGCCGAUAGAUACAAAACAUUUUGUUCAUAAGCAUCUCUAUAAGUCACUCUACAUCGAUAGUUGUUAAAUUUAAACAGAGAUAUAGCCCACAGUGAGAAAACUAAAGAGAACUUUUAACUCUCAACUCUGUUUUUUAUAAGUACUUUCACUUAGAAUAAAAGAAAUGUGAGCAUGCGAGAGGGGAUAAAGAGAAUGUAGCUGCGGUUUUACUUUAGAUAAUAGAAUAAUAGAAAGUAUAAAAACACAGCCCGGCUAGUAACAGUCCGGCUAGUAACGCUUCAAUCACGGUAUUGAUAGAGAUUAUAUCAAUCUUUUUAAAACUUUAUAAGAUUUAGUUGUUUGUAAUAAUUUAUUUGAUAUUAAGCCGUAUCAAAAUGGAC